AUGCAGAUUCCUGGAAACUUGAGGAACAGUCUUCCAGCGGCUGAGGAAUGCAGCUCUCCCCGGAUAUGUGGAUAUCUUGCACAAAUCAAACUGAAGUGGGAUGGACUAGUAAGUGGUGAUGCAACUGAGCUUACAGCCAAGCCAAAGAGAAGUUUCUAUGCAGCAAGAGAUUUAUACAAGUACCGACACCAGUAUCCACAGAACUUUAAAGAUCUUCGAUAUCAAAAUGACUUGUGCAAUCUCCGCUUUUACAAAAAUAAAAUCCCCUUUAAACCUGAUGGGGUUUAUAUUGAAGAAGUCCUAAACAAAUGGAAAGGAGACUAUGAAAAACUGGAACAUAACCACACUUAUAUACAGUGGCUUUUCCCACUGAGGGAGCAAGGUCUGAACUUCUAUGCUAAAGAACUAACUACAUAUGAAAUUGAGGAAUUCAAGAAAACAAAGGAAGCAAUUAGAAGAUUCCUUUUGGCUUACAAAAUGAUGUUGGAGUUUUUCGGGAUAAAGCUAAUUGAUAAAACUGGAAACGUAGCACGAGCUGCUAACUGGCAAGAAAGAUUUCAGCAUUUGAAUGAGUCUCAACACAACUACUUGAGAAUCACUCGAAUUCUGAAAAGUCUUGGUGAACUUGGAUAUGAGAGUUUCAAAUCUCCCCUGGUAAAAUUUAUUCUCCAUGAAGCUCUUGUGGAAGAUACCAUUCCGAAUAUUAAGCAAAGUGCUUUAGAAUAUUUUGUGUAUACUAUUAGAGACCGAAGAGAAAGGAGAAAGCUCCUGAGAUUUGCCCAGCAACAUUAUACACCUUCAGAGCAUUUUAUCUGGGGACCCCCAAGAAAACAGAAGUCAGAAGGAAGCAAAACGAGUAAAAAGCCAGCAUCUCCAAUUUCUGUUCACAAUAGUUGUAUUUCUAAGCAUAAGAAACUGAAAGGUCCUAAGAAUACCUCCACAAGUGGAAGCUCAACUAGUAAAACAACUGAAGAAAGAAAGGUAGAACUCACAAAAAAUGGGGAAGGAGAUGACCAGGAUGAACAAGAAAUGAAUUCUGAUGCUGUUAAACAGAACAACAGUGAAAAGAACAGUGAUACUGAUACUAGUCAGCAUUCAAUAUCAGAAGAAAUUCAUGAUACUUCAGACAAUGAUGAGGACACUUCUCAUUCCAAAAAAGAUGAUGAAAAUCUGAACAGUGACUGUGGAACUCAUCCAGGCACUGUAGAGAAAGAUUUGUGUGACAGUGAGAAUUGUUUGAAUAAUAUAUCAGCAGAUCCACAGGACAACCUCAAUAAGGAUGCGCUUUCAGGGGAGACCAACACAAAAAACAAAGAUGAGAUAAAAUCAGGAGUCUGAAGUUAAAACCCAUUAUGUUUCAUAUUGAAUGAAACAAAUUGUUCAUUGUUGAAUGAAACAAAUUCUUCAUUGCUCCUUCAUUUUGGGUGAAACUUACAGCUGGUGUAGCAUGAAAGUUCAGGAGACCUUGCUGGGUAUGAAUGCAUCUCUUAAGUUGAUAACUUUUUUAACCUCCAUUUAUCAGAUGUAAACCGAGUGUGGCUAUUUAAAACAGUUGUGUAAUUUCAAAGCCUAGAAAUUCAUUAUAUUUUCCAGAUAGAUUGCAGUUUGCAUAGAAAAGAACAUUAUCCUUUUUUGCCAUUAGAUUCAUCCAUUAUUUUAAAAAAAAGCAUUACUUAUGAGGAGCUCUUGAGGCAUCAGAAUCUUUACAUUUGUUAAGUAUUCGUUUCCUUUUAUGAAAUGACUAGAAAUUAUUUUGAGAGUACUGUUUUUCCGUGGAGAAGUUAGUUAAGUCCUUUGUUUUUAUUCAAGGGCAGUAUUUGCACAGCAUCUUCUACCUUAGAUUAGCAUCCUUGUCUGAGACACUUAAUAAUGGAUAUCAAGACAUCCCAUGGAUCUGGACAUCAUUUUACAUUGAAUAAAAGUUUAACUUAUGAUGAAACUGUACCCACAGCCUUUGGAUACAGGGGAAGUUGCACUUUAGACUUCUUUUAGUCCUUUUCAAGUCUUCUCUUCUCAUGACUCAUUUGCUACUUUUUCUGAUUUGGUGGCGAAUGGGACCAUUUUCUGGUCACUCUUAGUUUUGAUCUCUGUUUGACAGCUCUCUUUUAAUCAACUGCACUAAAACAGCUCACCCAGCUGUGUUUGGUUCCUGUAAACCCUCUUCCCUGGAGGUCAGUCACCAACAGCUCAAAAGUAACGUCUUUGCAAUGCUGAAACUGCUGUUGUUGGUUUGGGUGAGAAGGGUAGUCCUGCUGUUUUAUUUCAGCUGUCUGUUCUCUCCUAUUGCUCUUUAUUUGGGGGUAUUUGGCAGUUUAAUUUUAUUUUGAUCAAUGUUUAAUGUUAUUUUAGGCUGAAACCUGAGAAAAGCCAGUCUGCUAGCCUGGCUAGAGCUGCACGGAUAGGAAUUUCCCAAUUAAGAGCUUUCCCAACUUUGUUCCGUUAAGGGUCAUCUCCUUUCCCUGAACAGCCUCUUUUGACUUCAUUCCAUGCAGUCAAGCAGGAUUAUAUCGAGCAAGUUAAUUAUAUACAAUAUGAAUUAAAAAUAAUGCAGAUAAAAGUUAGAUUUUAUAUAGUCCUAAAAUAGUCUUAAACAUCUGUUCAUGUUUUCUGUUUAAAAGUGUAUAUAUUAUCCACUGCCUUUAAUGUAUUUUUAAUGAAAUGUUAUGAUGCUAGUAGCUGACUGCAGCUUGCGUGUCAGAGUGCUACAGGAUUUUAUUCAAGUCCUAUAACUCAAAACUCCAAAAACUCAAACAGAGGCUUCAGGGUUUUCAAAGCAUAGAUGAAAUGUCUUCUAUUUUUCUGUUUCACUAAUUGCCAUUCUGGUAGUGCAUGCAUUCAUUGCUCUCCCCAGGUAGCUCUGUCUCUUGAGGUCAAGCAGAGUGGCAGUUUGAGAUCUUGGUUCCCUUGGACUCAGGAUUUUCCCUUCUAAAGAGGCAGGGAAGGAGCAAAACACAUUCUUCCUUUUCCUGCACUGACUUGUAAGAAGAGGAACAUACAUAUGUGGAUCUUGUUAGGGGUAAUCCAGGUUGCUCAAGCAAGAGUUGAGAGUAAAGCAAAAUGCCCCAGAGAAUAUCCUCCCACAGCCACCACUUCUUGAGAGCUGGAAAGGUGCUGAGGGCCUCUCAGAUUACCCCGGACUUGAACUAGGAUCCCCUCUUUCAUGUUUGCCGCUGAUCUUUAGUGCAGAAGUGCACAGGAAAUGCUGAGAUUAAAAAAAAAGUCCAUAUACUUAAAGAACUCUAACCUCACUCAUAUGCACGAGGAGAGCGAGUUUAUGUUCUGCCUACAACUUUUUAAAACUCGAGUGCCUAACCUUGCCAACUUAAUAGCAUUUAUUGUUUUAACAUAGUUAUUUCUUGAACAGCAUGGGGAAAGUUUACACUCUGCAAAUGAAGAACUCGUAAGGAAGCUAGCUAUAAAGCGCCUUCAGUUUAUGGACAUUCUAUUUUAAGGUUAAACAUAUAAGUAAAUACAUAGUGCUCAAGUGAAAUGGGGGAUGCUAAGGGGUGUUAUUAUAUUUAUAAUGAAAUUUGAUUUAAUAUAGAUGACCUCAGGAGAUCUGUUUUCUUUUGCCUACUGAAUAAAAAAAUGAGGAGGAAUUUGGCUUUAGUUUAAACUAGAAAGUUACUGGGAUAUGCAUCCAAUGGAUUUCUCUGCAGUAUGUUAUUCUGUCAUUGUGACACAGCUUUCACCUAUGUAUGUUUGCUGAGGUCCAUUCAUAAUUAAGUACUUACUAUAAGAAUGACAUUUUUUUUCUGGCAGCUCUAAGCCGCCAGUGUAUCUGAAAAUAUAGUCAAGAUCUUUGGAACUAUAUCCGUAUUCAUUCUUUGAUUUUUUUUUUUUUUUUUUUUUUUUAAUCCACAACUCGGGAUUUUUCUAUCAGUUUUCUUAAAAGUGAGAGAGUAGGGGUGACAUAUCAAUUGCAUACAAAGAACUACGGGGAUAAGAGAAGUAAGGUUUUUUUUUGUGUUGGAUGGCCUCCUGUAUUCUGUAAUAUUUGGCUUUUAGUUUUAUCAAUCGAAUUACUCCAACAGCGCACUUCAGCUUUAACUACCAUUUUCUGCUCUACGUAAAAUGUGAUGGUUUGACAUUAUUUUUAUGGAGAUUUUUUUUUCUGAUUUUGCAAGUGCUUAAAAGAAUGAUUCAUUGCAGGGCAAUCAUGCUGUGUAGCAUCCCACUGAGGUUUGUGAGGUGCACUGUAUGCAUUUAUCACAGAAUCAUGGCCUUAGCAACUAAAGCACCCUGUGCUUGCAGUUUGUAAGUAUUGGCUUUCAGGUUUACAGUACAAUGUAUGUUGAAAUGAUUGUAUUCUCAUAAAUGCCAACAAUUAGACAUUUAAUCAUUAAUUCAGAAACUGAGGAUGUGCAAAGCGAUUGAGGACAUUUGCUCACUACUAAACCUGUUUUUAUCUUGCUAUACGCUUACAUAUUUGGGGUUUUCUGUGUGCUUAUAACAACGGUGUGCUUUGGCUCAGCCUUCUCCUCGAAUCUGAACUAUUCAUAUAUCAAGGAAAUGGAACUUCCCAUGCCGGGAUUCUUUCCUAAUGAGCGUGUCUGCGUAUCCUCUGACGGGAGGGAUGUAAGCGGGAGUAGUGUUCAUGUGGAAACACCUAUGAAUUUGAUUUUACUUUAAUUAUCCCGCAGAGAGUGUAUAUCAGUGAAAGUGAUUGUACAAGUCGUGCAAACAUGCAGCACUUCAUAUUUAAGAUUAGUUACAGCCCUGUGCCCUGUGAUCCUGGAUGUAAGUGUGCCUCAAUACGUGAGAAUGCAUUGGCAUAGAGCCUGAAAGCUUGUGCGCGGGAGGUAAGCACAGUAAGCCAUUCAAAUAAGAAAAGCAAUUAUGCACGUGCACAUAUCUAGGAGCAGAACUGAGCUUUCGGUGUCUAUAGUUCUAGUAAUUAGAGGGGUGAUCCUGAAGGAUGCUAAAAACAUUUGCAACAAGCCUUUGAGAGCUGUUCCAUGGCUUGGUCAGCUCCUCAGGAUCAUGCUCUAAGAUUACAGCAAGCGGAUGUGCUAGAUAUUUGUGUAACCUUAAUUUAUAUUUCAUGUAAACUAGUGUAAUCCUCCUUAAAUUAUUCUAAAAUAAUUCUAGUAAUCUGCAGUUGCAUAUACCUGUACUAUAAUCAGAAAGUUUACAGACCUUAUAAGUUCUGUAUAAUUUUGAUGGAUGAUCCAGUAGGGUAAGUCAAGAGAGGUUUAAUAGAUUUAAAUGGAAAACAGUUCUUGUUUCUUUGUAAAUAAAAUUUAUUUAUAUCUGUUUAACUGAAUAAUUUUGUGCACCUUUAUUUCCUGAAAGUUGUGAUGGUAAUGAUUUGUCUAGUGGCUGAGAAGCAGGGGGAAAAGACAAAGAUCAUAUUAGGAGUCAAAGGGCAGAAGAACGAGUGGUUUGUCUAUUAUAAACAGACUACCUGAUAACAGCCUUUUGUGAUCAUAUCUGUGAAACAUACCUAAUUCCUGUAGGCAAUUUCUGAAAAUAUUUAAUUUGGGGAAAAGGUAAGUCCUCUUAAGUAAGUUAUUGCCUAAAAUGAUAUCACAAUAUCUAGAAAAAAUAAUCUCCAUCAACAUUUUAUAGAACUUGAAAGUAAUUUCCUUUUUGAGGAUACAAUAUGGCUCAUUCUCAUAAAAAGAGAAAUGAUCAUAAAUAUGUUAAUGAGAAACUGAUCAUAAAUUAUAGUAAGAGAGAUAUAUAUAAGUGAAAACAUUACUCUUAUUAUGCCAUAUUUUUACAGAUAAUCUAUCAUUUUGAAUUUCCUUGACAAAAGCUGUAUUUGUGAAAAGGGAGUAAAUACAUCAUGCAAAUUUCUCCAUGAAAUAAAACUGACAAAAAUCAUGUUAAUGGUGUACGUUAUCCUAAGUACUAUGACUGUGGGUCAGAACCACAGGUGUAGCUAGCCUUGUAUCCAGCCUCCAACAGUGGCCACCAGCAGAUUGUGUGAAACGAAGAACAAAUAAAGUGAGCCCGUUUUUCUCCAUGAAUUAUUUCAUUUUUGAACUUAGGCUGUCUUUCAGCCUCCCCAAUCCCUUGUGGCUACGAGCCUCACGUUUUAAUUAUGUGUUGUGUGAAAAAGUAAUCUCUUGUUUGUUUCAGGUCUGUUUUAUUCAAGAUUUGCUAGUGCGCCUGAACACACUGGAAGAGUGCUGUAAAAUGAACAGUAAUCCAUUUGCUGCUAGUGUUUAAAAGCUUUGGCAAAUUUUAAUGAUAAAAUACUCAUUUGGGCAGAAAGCGUAGUCACUUGUCCUAAGCUCAUGACAACACUAUCUUACUUGUCCCUCUGAAUAAAUUUUUACACGUAAAUAUUAGUGUGUGAAGUAUUAAAAAUCAAAUUCCAACAGCAGAACAGAUUUUUUUUCAUAGUGUAAAAACAAGAUCAGUUAAAGGCAAAACCCAUUCUUAGCCCAAACCCCGCUAAGGUAACACUGGACUUGGAGACAAGUAGUAAGAGCAUUUAUUGGGGCCAGCAUAAAUGGGUGCAACCUUGGGGUUGUGCAGAAGACAGGCACUGGCCUGCAUUCGCUGAAAACCGUGCUCCUCUUCCUCACUUCAGUAACUUAUUUUAAUACAUAUCCCCAAUUGCAACUGAGCAGGAGCAACUGUUUAACUGGCACUCUUGCUGGCUACUGGAGUUUGAAAAUGAGGAGUGGGCCAAAAGGCCUAAGCAUAGACUACCCACUCUCCAGUCACAUCAUAGCCAGCACCAUAAUAGUAGAUACAUGUAUUUAAAUAUGUGGUCCUCCUAGAGGAAUGUGACGUGCGUCUGUGUAAUGUCACCCUGCUCUGUAUUGCCUAUGAAUUAUUUCUUUUCCUGAAAGAUACCUAUGUUCCUUUUACAGACCAGACUCUGGGAAAGGCAAGAAUAUAUCUGAAAGAAUUUAUUUAAUAACCUGCUAAAUCUGAAUAAGUUCUAACUUAAUGGACUCUUAAAAUAUAGUUCAACAGCUAUAGAAAUUGACUACAUGGAGACCUCCUGCAGCUUUACACUUAUCAUUUUUAUUUUUGUUUUCAAAAGCAUUAAGCUGUUUGUUAUAAAACAAUGAAUGUGAGAAUUGGCAAUUUCUUGUGAAAGAAGUCUUGUUUCCUAGAAACUUGGCACUUCUUAAUUCUGUAUGGCCUUGCUUACAAGUCUAGUGGCAUAUUCAUCAACUAAAGUUUAUUGUGAAAUAUACUGAAUGUAUUUACUACUGUGGCUAACAAUGUGGAAUUUAUUGUUUUUACAGUUAAUAAGGUUAUAGCACUUAGUUUUUUGAACCUACUGAAGCAUGUUUGCUAAUCAUAAGUUACUCUUUUUCCUGUAGUUUAACCUGCUCCAUAGCUGUUUGGCCUUUAUGCAGUUUGAAUCCAGCAACAGAUAAUUGGGUAUAAUUUUGCACAGAUAAAAUUUGAAACUACAGUGUACUUGGUUAUUAAAAUGUAUUCUAAGAAAAAAGUGCAGUAACUGUAGAAAAAGAACAAAACUCUUUUUACUUGCGGUACAAAAUGGCAACAUGUCAUUUUAAUGAGUGGUCCUGCUCUUUCUUCUGUAUUCCUUUGCAGUGUUUAAUUACAGAAUGCUGUGCAUGUUUGGUAGUACCAAUACCAUGCGUAUGUGGUAGGAGUGGUAACCAGUUUCUGGAUUUGUAAUGCACUAUAAAGCUAUAUUUUAUAAUUCUGUAACUGUAUGGCAGUGUUAUGCCAAAAAAUUAUGUAUAAACAUAAAAAGCAAUAGUUUAUGAUGUUGCUUAUUGCUAUAUUUUAAAUGGUUUGUUUGUAAAAUGAAAUACUUGGAACUCCUUUCAGGUAAAUAUAUUUUUAAUAACAGCAGCCAAAAACUCUAAAAUAAUAAAGCUUCUUCAUUUAGCAGCAUUGUUUUAGCAACAUGUAUGAAUGUUGUGUAGAACUAAUAAUGUAACUGAUGCUCUGCGCUUGUUUGUAGAGUCUUCUGUAAAUGUGUUAAUACCUGAAGAAGGGCAUUAAAGGCUCUGGUCCUGCU